AGGCAUCCCUUCCGGUAGAUGAGGUCAACUUUUCCCCAGAUCCGCCAUUUCAGUCCCGGAGUUUCUUGUUGCACAUUAGUUUGUAUUUUUUUGUUUUAUUCUGUUGUUUUCCCAUUUACGCAGUUAAGCGUAAGAUUUUGUGGUUAAGCAGAAGUCCCGUAAACGUAGGCACCUGUAUAAUAACUCGCAGAAGUUGCUAAAUUUAAAGUAAUAAACAGUUUUUCGGGGGCAACGUUAGUCUACUAAAGUUUUUGUAUGAGUUACGGAUAGGGAGAGGCGAAGGGGAAAGGCCUCAAGCCUCGGGCAGGAUUUGUCAGCCAUGGCCGGUAAUUUUGAUGCCGAAGACCGUGGGAGCUGGUACUGGGGAAAGCUAAGCCGUCAGGAGGCGGUUUCUUUUCUUCAGGGGCAGAGGCAUGGCGUUUUUCUGGUGAGGGACUCAAUAACCAGUCCUGGAGACUACGUGCUGUCUGUGUCGGAGAACUCCAAAGUGUCCCAUUAUAUCAUCAACAGCAUCAGUAACAACCGGCAGUCUGGCACAGGUAAAGACCAUCACUUAUCCUACCUUUAGCUACCUGGAUAAAUCUGCUUCACAUAUCCACCCGAUGGUAACUUCUGAAAACCUGUUUCGAUUUGCUCAUGGAUUGUGGAGCGUUAGCCCCGUUACGUCCGAUUCCAUCACCCCACGCCGAACCCCCUGAAAUACUUCAUCAAUUUUAGUUGUUUUCAGUAUAAACUGUUAAUACAACAGAUAUUCAUCACAGAAUGUUUGGCUUGACUUUUUUGUAAGAUAGCACUCUCAAAUUCGGCAGGGGUAUUAUAAGAAAAUAUCGUCUUUUCGGAACAGUAAAAUGAAAACUUCAAUGUGGUUUGCACUGCCUGCUACCGCCCAUGGACUGAUAGCUAGCCACCUAGCCUCGUUACCAUAGGUGUUUUACACUCACCUUUGAGCAACAUUAUAAAUUAAAAAAAGCUCUGCAAAUUAUACAGGAUUUCAAUCUGUAACUAAACGAAAGUACAAGGACAACAUAGUGCAAAUAAAGGCUUAAAAUUAGGGGGGAAAGAAAUGAUAGAUGUUUUCUAUUGCAGUAUCUAGGAUUAAAGUAAAAGCCAAGGGACAUACUAUUAAGCUAUUUAAAGCAAUCUUGGUAUAAACAAGUUUGAAAGAAUAUUUUAAAACAAACAAAAAUAAAUAGAUUAAUGUAAAAAAAACGGUCUGUGAUUUCACUGUUUUAAAUGGACAAAUCCAACUUUCUUUCCUUAAUUAUAAUACACUAAGUACUUAAUUUCAACACAUGGCAGUGGGAGAAAGUAAGAUGUAACUUCUUAAUUAUAUGAGAGCACCUUUUUCCCUGACUGAUAAUGGUAAAGCAACCAACAGCAUUAAUGUGUAAUCUAAAUCAUCAAAGUUCUUGAUUAUUUUUGCAGUGUCUUUUGUCAGUAUCACACCCAGUUGAUAGAGAGGCAUGUUAUCAUAAGCCAAAAAUAAGGACUUGACUGGUUGUCAUGAGUUAAAAUAGCCGCCAGGAUCAAGAUCUUCAAGUAAACCUUAAGUACCGGUAUUAUAGUACAGACAGUGUGCUUUGUGGACGAGCAAGCUAAAGUCCCCAUCUGUAAAUCAGCAUUGAAUCACUGAGCUACCCUUCUUGGGUUCAUGUAUGAAUCUUCUCAGAGGGAGGGUCAUGAAGGAAGCAGGAGGGGAGGGUGUUGAGGUGGACUGGACUGCUGCUGCUGCUGCUGCAGAGUUUGAAUGGAACUGGGCAGGCUGGGCUGUCACUACUGGGGGAUGACUGGUUGGAUUGGCGUUCCAGGAAUGUCUGUGAUCCUGCCCUGUUGCACAUAGCUCUGCUGCUUACAGGUCUGCUGAUGUCCCUGUAACUCUUUGUCCUUCCUUGGUUUGAAUCACCUUUGAUUUCCUGAAAGAAAAAAAGAAUAAAAUUAACUCUGGACCAUUUUUUUUGACGUAUUGAAUUACAUCAGGGAUAAAUAAAGUUCUUCUUUUAUCUUUUGUCAACCAGUUUUAAUGUGCCAGAGAAAUUCAAAAAAUUCCAGGAAUCUUGGCUUUACAGUAUUUCAAAAUGACCAAAUGUGGGAGCUGUUCCUACUUUCUGUCUGUCCUGAAGCUAAAAAUUUGACAAAUGUGCACACUGGACAGAAGCACAGACACAAACUUUUGUCAAUUAUGGGUGUUGUUUGAAUUCUAGUAUCAUAUCAGACUUACAGGUUUAGAGACAACCCUACAACCUUGAUCAGCAUGGAGUGAAGUCCCAAACCAAGGCUGAUAUGAAGUCAUGUUCAUUGACUUAAAUAUCACAGUAAAGUCUAUGUGGGUGAUCAAGUUUGAAUAAGUAACUAUGAAGACUAUAAAUGGGCGCGUUUUGCCUGAUGGAUUUGAUAGUUUUCUUGAACAAAAUUGGUCUUUUUGUUGAGAAAUUGAUCGACACUCUACGAUUAAUUUCUGUUGAGGUCAUGUCAACGGAUCCAUGAACUGAAGCAAACUAACCAAGUCUUUUCUUCCUCUGCCAGGGGUGGCUCCUCCCCGGUUUAGGAUUGGGGAUCAGGAGUUUGAGGCGCUGCCGGCCCUCCUGGAGUUUUAUAAAAUCCACUACCUGGACACCACUACGUUAAUAGAGCCUAUAAACAAGGCCAGGCAUUCAGGCUUCAUCAGCUCCACUGCUGGCGUCCCGCAGCAGCCUGAGGAAGCUGAGUUUGUGCGGGCGCUCUUUGAUUUUCCCGGUAAUGAUGAGGAGGACCUUCCCUUCCGCAGGGGCGACAUCCUGCGAGUGCUGGAGAAGCCAGAGGAGCAGUGGUGGAACGCUGCUAACCAGGAAGGCAGAGCUGGGAUGAUUCCUGUCCCUUAUGUGGAGAAGUACCGGCCUGCCUCGCCCACUGCUACUGGCCUAGGUCCCCCUGUUGCUGGGACUGGACAAGGAGGGGUAGCAGGCAGCACAGAUGGAACAGGGGCCCCGCAGGGAAACCCUCUGGGUGAUCCAGGCCAGUAUGCUCAGCCUGUGGUCAACGCUCAGCUGCCUAACUUACAGAACGGGCCUGUCUACGCCCGAGCUAUUCAGAAGAGGGUGCCCAACGCUUACGACAAGACGGCGCUCGCUCUGGAGGUAGAAAACUCAUCCCCUGUCUCUUUUAUUUGACACUUUUCCUCUCUUCACUGUCAGCGUCUUUGAGUUUCUGUCCUCUUCUUCAGUUUCCUGCCUCAGCUGAGGCCGCGCAGAUUGUCCUGGAUGUUAAUGGCUCACUCAUGCGUGUGAGAAUACACACAAAGUUUCUUUACAAAUGUAGGCUGACACAUGAAGACACUCACAGCGGGGAUGGCUCUGUAGACACAGACACAGAUCCUUUACAGUGGCCUCUCUUUAUAUACACAUUGGGGUCUAUUGAAUUAAUAUAUUCAUUACCACUGGAGCCCGGUGGAACAAGGCUCGCUGUUUGUUGUUUAAUUGGAUCGGGGGGACAAAUAGUGUCUGCUCGGAUUAGUACAGAAAAUGCAAACAUUGUUGGAGGUAAAUAAAGACGGUUUGGCAUCAGCUGGUUUAGUCAGAGUUCUCUGAGGCCGCCUCGCAGUGAUCUGGGCAUACAGGAGGACCAAACAGAAAAUCCCUUCACUGACUCAUGUUGGUGUUGUCUGCGUUCACCCUCAGUCAUUCACUCUAAUUCGAUAGUUUGAAACAUUGUCCAGUUUGGAUGCAUGCACUAACUCCAGCUGUUGCAAUAAACCAGUAUUGAUGAUAACCUGAGAGAUUUGGAAUAUUGAUUUCAGGGUGAAAAUAAGCAAUGGCAUGAAAAGAUGGGCCAGGAACCGCUAAAGCAGAUGGUUUGAGAUUUGUCAUAAAUUAAUAUAUAUGCUAAUAUAUAAAAUAAUCCUAGCUCUUCUCUAAACUGUUUUUUUUAAUAAAGGUAGUGGAUGUAAAUACAGAUAUAUCACGACAGUUUUGUUGACCACUGCUGCAUCAUUAAUUCCUCAGCUGUCAGUCGUCAUGGUCGGACCUCCUGGAUUUCUCUCUGCUCAGCCCGGUUUGUUUGACACUGAAAUAACAAAAGUGGAGUCCAGUGUAUAUUCACGCCUCUGACACAAAGCAGACCUCAUGACAUAACUCUGUGUUUAUAAACCUCUGCUGCUGCUGCUGCUACAAUAUACUGUAAGGUCACAAUAUACUGUACGGUUGAGCCAUGAAGUAAACAGUGAAGUCCUGAAUCACGAUGCCGUCACUGUAGUUAAGUGGCACAGCUAACUGUGUGGUUUCAACAUUUAAUUCUAUAUUCAAGUCUACUGUCUGAAAAACAGCUCUUAACCUGUGUGUUUACAUCACCUGUGUUAACAUGAAAGUCCCAGUGGAGGCAAUGUAUCGGUCAUGACUUCAUUUUUAAAAAUUGAGAUCUUUUAAGCUCAUGAGUAGGCCUGUCACGAUAACAAAUUUUGCUGGACGAUAAUUGUGCUACAAAUUAUCGCCGAUAAACGAUAUUAUUGACACCGUUUUUUAAAUUAUAGAUAAUGAUAUUAUAUGGCAUAAUAAUGCGAGUACACCAUGUCAAAAGUGACAAACUUUUAUUUCCACAGGAGAACAACACUGGUUGUUUUCGUUGACUAAAAUAUUUCCCUUUUCUCCCACGACGAAGACGUAACGUUGACGAGCUUAACAUAAGUUGGAGAUGACUAAAAUGUGACGAGACGAAAGUGCGUUUACGUUGAUGGGACGAGACGAAAAUGACGAACAGAGUUGCAAAACUCAGUGAGUUAAACGCUAAACAUACAGGAGCAGCUUCAGUCCGCUCUGACAGCUUUCAUCAGCCUGCUGUGCUCCUCCAACACAGACACACACGCGCGCGCGCGCGCGCACACACACACGUGGAGUUUUGUGGUUGACGAAAACAAAACUGGUUUAAAGCCGAAAUAUUCCCACACUUGGGCUGUUGCGUUCGGUUUAGACACCAAAGCUGUCGUGUUCAUUCUGUUAGCUUGCUUUUCACUCACGACGCUCACUUGCAGCAUAAUUUGACCCGUUAUCUGUGUGCCUGUGCGCGCCAGCCCCCUCGUGACAAAGAUACUGAAUGACUGACAGGAGGGUUCACUAACUCCGUUCAUUCCGCCAUAGAGCCAACGCCCCCAGGUGCCGAGAACAAUGCGCAGAGUGAGACCUCUUCUCUCAUCCAGCGUGUUUGGUAGCGAGAGAGGAGGAAAACAAACGCACGUUAAUUAUCGAGGCUGGCAAAAUGACCGACCUCGUUUUUAUUUAUCGAGCGAUAAGGCGAUUUAUUGAUUAUCGCGACAGGCCUACUCAUGAGAAUUUGAAGGAGGAAAAAUCUCUUCAGCCCAUCAAAGGCUAUGUUCACACUGCAGGUCAAUUCUGAUUUUUUUAACCAUAUGUGACACAUAUCAGAUUUUUUCAUCAUAGUGUGAACAGUGGAACUCUGAUUUUUUCAAAUCCGACCCAGGCCUCUUUUGUAUGUGGAUAUAAAUCGGAUAUGUAUCCGAUGCGACUUCAGUGUGGACGCUCGGGUCGCUUUCAUCCGACCCAUACGUUAUCAAUAUGCGACAAAUGUCACCAUUGUUCGACAACACAAACAGGCACGGAAAGCAAUGGCGGAUGAAGGAACGGAGAACAGCCAGUUGUGCGCAUGCGGGUCACUUCAAGGACGCAUUCCAUUCACAUUAGAUGCGUUGUUGUUGUAAUGUGAACGACCGCACAAAAAGAUCGGAUUUAAUAAAAAAUCCGAAUUGUGCAUCAUAACCUGCAGCGUGAACGUAGCCAAAGUGUCCAAAUUGGCUCUCCAUUGCUGUCAAAUUUUCAGCCAAAGUUCCGAUAAUUUGACCCAUUAUGGCUCGUUAAUUAUUAAACAACCUCUGAUCCAAAGUUGUUGUGCACAGCAAACUGCCUUGUCAUAAAAAUAGUGACAAAAAUGUCUGCAAAAAUAAUGAAACGGCUGCAUAGACUCCAGUAAUGAGUUUUAAAUUUGUAUGAUUCUUUAACUGUCAAUUUGAACUCAAAUCUUAAUUUUUCGAAUGGACCCUUUGCUUGCAUUAAUUGCAGACUAGAAUACGGAUUAUCUAAGCUUGUUAUAAAUAGGUUAAAUAGAACUCAUGUUGAUGAAAUUCUUACCUGAAUUUUACAGGCUUUUAUUUUGUUGAGCUACUACCUGUGACCGGGGUGACCAUUUGCAGUUUUCAUGUCCUUUUGUGGGUCAGUCAAUACUUUUCUCUCUGUGGGCUUGAUCAAAUGUCAAUCAGACAUCCAGCUCGUAUUGACAGGUUGACUUGCAUGAACUGAUUGUUCUGGCUGAUGCAAAACAGAAAAAAAGAAAAUCCAUUCAUUCGUAUCCUGCCUCUUUAUUCAUAUUUCUCUGUGUUGUUGUUGUUGUUUCACAGGUUGGAGACAUGGUGAAAGUGACCAAGAUCAACGUGAACGGCCAGUGGGAGGGUGAGUGUAAGGGCAAGAGAGGCCACUUUCCCUUCACUCAUGUUCGACUGUUGGAACAGCACCACCCCGAUGACGAGAGCUGAGAUACACACCUCCACCUCAAGCACACCUCCUUUCUCUUUUUGUGAAGUUUUCAUGCUCGGAAAGGAAAAAAGGUUUAAAAGCACACAUUGUAUGGACCUAUGAACCAGUCAGAAACUCCUGGCUCUGCUGAUGCAAAGACGUGUUGGAUGAAAUUACAUAAUGUUAUUCUGAAGAGUUUACACUAGGGUCAGACUGAUAUCGGUUUGCCAUAUUACCUAGAAAUCUACAGUGCCUCUACUGGUUUACUCCCCCCAUCACAGCCACCAAACACUUCCUAUCACAUGCGAGUAAAUUUGUCUUUCAUUCAAGCAGGUUUGAAAUUUAUAAAUGCUUUUCGUUAAAGAUGUCAGUGCAGUGUUAGGUGUAAAUAGCUAUCUUUAGAGCUCAGAGGGAACAAAAUCAGAGUCCGAAAACACAUACAGCUUUGAAGGUGUUUGAUUUACCUGUUUUUCUGCUUUUUGAUGGAACAGUAAUGGAAAAAAAGAUGCUGUAUAGGACCCCAUCCCUGAACCAUUUGGCCAAAUAUGACCAGAGUGAAAGCUGUUCAUUCAACAGCUACAGCACUGUUUAAGCUUCACACGGAGGGUUUGCAAUAUUAAAGCUCCUGUGAGGGUUUUUUAAACCCAACUUAAAUCAAUGCCAACAUCACUCUAUGAACAAGAAAUGACCAAAAGCUCCAAGCUUGACCAUACAACCGCUGCUACAGGGUACACUGUCCACGGCAAAUAUUGGAGUGACAUUUUUAGUAAGGAAAGACUUGCACAGGACAGGACAGAAAAUACUCAACUUUGUCCACAAGAGGAGCCAUAAUCAACUCAAAUCCGAAAUUCCUCACAGGAGCUUUAAUUAUUUUGUAAUCGUGAAGUCAGCCAAAGCUAAACGAUCAUUUAAUCCAGUCCAUCUUGUGGUCUAAACCAUGCAAACGACAGGUGUGAGAGCGAUCUUUAGGGCGAGUCUUUUGGCCAGUGACCUACAGAUUCAGCUACAAACUCUACAAGAAGGUAGAUUUUGAUGCUGCAGGAAGCUUUAGAAAGGGAAUGUAAAUGUCAAGUUAAAAUGUUGGCAGUUCGUCACUUUGAAUCCAAAACUAGCAGUGUUUGGUGCCAGCAGCCGAUAUCAGUCCAACUGUAGUUAAACAUGCCUGCAGCCCAGUAUUGAAGUCUGCUUCACACACUCACGAUGGAGUCUGGUCUUCCCAGUGGUAUCUGUGUAUCACCGCCCACCUCUUUUCAUUCAUACACAGACAGGAACAGAAAUCUAUUACAGACAGGAGACAAAACACUCGGCUUCUCUCCCAGAAUCAUGACUCAGUGAGUUUUUGUAGAGCCAGACUGUGAAUCUCGGAGCGAAAACAAGCAAAGACUUUUCCUGAAGCCUCCGUCUCCUGGAGAAAGACUGUCCUCCAUAAAUCCACCGACUUACUCCACCCCACACUACAAAGCAAGUCCUCUUUUUUGUACUACAAGUGGAAAAUACUAUGAUAGAAUUGACUCUAUAUACACACACCUUCCAUGCUAAAACAUUACUUUCCUUUCUUUCUUAUUUUUCUUAAUUACCAGAGACUGUGCACCUAUCCUUUAUAUGAUCCUCCUUAAACAGCAGCAGAUAUGAUGGCUUCACAUGCAGCAGUUUGAAAGAGCAACCGGACAAAGGUGGAUGAUAAAGAUCCCAGAGGCUAUUUUUAAGACGAGGAGAAAAGUUGAGAGAUUUUAUUUUUAGCAUCCAGCCAGUUAUUUAUGACUCUUUUAUCAGUAGAUGCUCUCAAGAUCAAAUCUGCCUUUUAAACUCGAGUGCGAUUGCAUCUGUCUGCAUUACAGGUGGAACCAUAUUACGUCAUUUCCUGUGCCAAUAAGACGCCCUGAAUUGCUGAAGGUUCAUUGUUUGUUUCUUGCUUUUUACACGUUUUUGAAUACAUGUUGAUAUUACAGAGCUCUUUGAACACACACACACACACACACACACACACACACACACACACACACACACUGAGCAUUAAGGUGAUUUUAAAUAACAAAAAGACCAGCAUUGUUUGUUAUUAUUUGUUCCUGAUACCGAAAGCUUACAGCUGCCUAAACUCUCUCCUCCUCGUGACCAUACUGUCUAUCCAAGUUUAUUUUAUGAUAGCGUCAUACUAUGCAUUUACCAUCAUGAAUUGGCUGCAGAGAUAUGUGAUGUUUUUAUUCUAGAUACUGCAACAAAUGGAUCAACUGUAUUAGGCCUGCACAGAACGAAAAAAAUAUGUGAUGCACAAUAACUUUGUUCAGCACUAUAAAGUGCAAUAAAUCACCCAAAGUUAGUGAUUAUUAUCCGUGACCUCCAGUCUCUUUGUCUUUUAGCUGUUUUUCAUGUUUUAUGUAUCACUCAUGAACCCAAAAGCAUCUACAAAAGUGCUUUUUUUUACUGCCACCAGUUAUUUCGAGGGUAGCUGUGAACUCGCUUGAACCCCUGAGAGCAUCAAAAAGUCAUUUUAAGGAUCUAAAGCGACUAAUUUCCCAGUCUAAAAGCAUAGAUUUGAACCCCCACUACCUUAUGUGUCUGAAAGUUAGGAAAAACUCAUAAAAGAGUCCAAAAUUAAAACUUAUUAAAAACAACUAAAAACAGGAUCCCUCUGUUGUCUGCGGGUAUCUGUUUACUGGGUAUGGGUGCUGCACUGCCAGCUUUUAGUCCUCUCUGCAUGUGAAUAGGAGAGCAUUACAGCAUUUUCGCAAGAGUCAUUAAAACCUACUCCUAUUGAAACUAACUUGAGCUUUGUAAUUUAAUAAAUCUGUUUAUGUUGCAUUCCAGAGCUAAAAGGAGGCAGAGGAAAUAAUUAAAUUGGGACAAACCUCCUUUUUGUGUAACUAAGUAAAUACCAGGAAGCCAACAAAUAGUCCUAAAGUGACCUAGAUCUCCAUGAUACUGAUGCAACACCACUGUUGGUGACAAUGACACUAAUUUUGCCGCCAGGGUCACAUUUUGCUUUAACUGAAGGAAACCAAACCUCGGUUGUGUCUUACACUCACAUGCAUCUGCCUUUUUUUUUUUUAAUAAGAGAUUCACAUGUUCUUCUUUGUAAGUUGCAUUUGGACCAUAGUGAGAAAAAUAAUGAUGACAGUAAGUUCUUGUUAGGAAAAGAGGAGGAUCUGCAUAAUCUGUGUCUACAGUUAGAAAAGAUGAGUUUUAGAGGUAAUUUGAGGCCUUGAACAGUCGGAUCAAAACCCAGAUUUUUCUUCUCAAUGGGGAAAACACAUUCUCACAUUAAUUCAAUUUACUUCUCUGUUUUAAUGGGACAGAUGUAAAUGAGAUGCCUGUUUCAUAUGGUCUUUAUUAAGCUUGGUGAAACCGUGGAGCUGGGACAGACUCUUACACGGAGCAUAGUUUGUGUUUUUUUUUUCCAAUUGCAUUGAGUGUAAAUGACUUUGUGGACACCUACUGUAUCUGCAUCAUGGAUGCAAUCAAAGACAUAUUUCAUCAUUUGAAUUCCUUUUCGUGCCAUAACAUAACGCGGUUGUAAAGCGCUGGAGGAAAGCAAAACUCCUGCUUUACUUUGCUGUUUUAUUUCCCUGUAUCAUGUCUUAAAACUGGUCCGUUAACAAGAUUUAUAAACCAUGUAAAUGCAUUGUUUCUGCAUUUAUGAAACCCAUGAUAUCUUGAGAUGUAGUCCAAGUUUACAACUUGUUUAAAAUUCCUCCCAUUUUUUUUGUUAAUGAGGCUUAAAUCUAAUGAAAUUAUUUUUUGUAUGCAACAUGAAUGCCAUAUUUUUUAUUACUUUCAUAUGUUUAUUAAGAGAUUUGAGCCACAUCUGUUGGUCUUAUAAAGCCCUGUGUAUAUUAAUAAACACGUGCAACUAAUCUAAGUCCCCAUGAUUCUUUGUAAAGUGAAAAUAAUAUUAAACAUAAACAGUUCAUGAGUGGUUUAUCUGGCUAUAUGCAACCAUGUGGGUGAUCACCACAUUGAUGUUUGUGUAAAAACCACUGAAGUUCAAGGUAGAGCUGUAGCUGUCAGUCAUUGUUGCUGACAAAUAUGCUGAUCACUCAUGGAUUUUCGUAAAGUUACAUCUGCAAAGGUCUUUUUUUUAUAAUGGAAUGAAAAUUUUGGACUGCAAAUGCUCAAACUUACCAAAGAAACUCAGAAAAUCCUGGCUAUUAAGAACCUGUAAAAAUUAUUUAGUUCAAGAUUGAAAUUUGGAUAAAAGCCACAGAUUUUCAAAGGUUUUGGACUCAUUUUUUUCCGUCAAAUUAUUGUAAAUUGUAUAGCUGCAAAUUUAGCAUGUUUUCUGGGGAAAGAGGAAGCUUUUAAGGCUCAGACAAGAUCUUUUCAGCAUAUAUUGCUCACUGUAUUUAAAAUUGUUGUAUUCUUGGAGAGGACAAACUGCAGAAACUGAGAUGAAACUGAAGAAUUCAUGUUUGGAGUGCUUUGAAUCAAACUGAAAUUUAAAUGGUGGAUGUUUAAUUCUCAGACUGAACAGAAGAUUCCUUUUAUGAAGAUUAUUUGCUCUGUUUUUUUUUUUUUUUUUUUUUGCUUUAAUCCAAAGUGUUACCCAUGAAUUGAAUUCAGAUGCACAGCACUGAAAUGUUAGCUGUUCCCCAAAAUACUCUCAUUGCUUAGGCAUCCAAUGUUUUUUGUAAAUCAGCUGUGCCAGAGCGGUUCAUUAAAGCCAAGUGAAUACUCUAAAAAUCAUAUUUUUCUAUCAUACCACUACAGAUGUGCACCUCUUCCCCUCUGCAGCUCCAGAAACUUCUUAUUUUCUUUGUGAUGUUUAUUUUUUGUUGCUUUUGUGCCAUCCGGCCACUUUGAAGAGCACCAGAACAAGCCAAAAUAGGAUAUUUUUUCAAGAGAAAUUGUACUGUGUGUCAAAUGUUAUUUUCUGAAGCAUGUUAUGUGCUAAUAAUAUACCUGGUCAAUAAAAAUGUAUCUUAUUGUCA